AGCAGACAUAUCAUCGCGCUGUUAUAUUGUUUGUUAGAGCUAAGUUAUUAUUUACCUAUAUCAUGAGUGGCAGCACAGAACCGAAUCGUCAUGGAAAAACGAAAAUGAUCAAGAAGAAGCCGCAAGGAUCAACCGCUGACCAUCGUCAUCGUAAAACGGAAAAGGAGGAAGAUGCUAAGGAAAUGAGUUUGGAGACGGACGAAAAUACCCCGAAGCUGUAUCGAUUCGAAUCGUCACCGCAAUACAUUAAAGGCGGACAGAUGCGUGACUACCAGAUCCGUGGUUUGAAUUGGUUGAUUUCGUUGUACGAGAAUCGAAUCAACGGAAUAUUGGCUGAUGAGAUGGGUCUGGGAAAAACGUUGCAGACAAUCUCGCUCCUUGGAUAUCUGAAGAACAUCUUGAACAUUGACGGACCUCAUAUCGUCAUCGUGCCGAAAUCGACUUUGCAGAAUUGGUUGAACGAAUUCAGAAAGUGGUGCCCAUCUUUAAACGCACUGACUCUGAUCGGAACGAGCGAUGAUCGCAAGACGUUGAUCGAAGAUGUGUCGAAGCGUAACGACUGGGACGUGUUAAUAACCAGCUACGAAAUGUGUUUGCUGGAAUCAGCCUUCAUCAAAACGUAUCGGUGGACGUAUUUGAUCAUUGAUGAGGCCCAUCGCAUCAAAAAUGAAAAAUCCAAAUUGUCGGAAAUGGUACGCCAGUUCAAGACGAGGCAUCGAUUGUUGUUGACCGGAACGCCGUUACAAAACAAUUUGCAUGAGCUGUGGGCAUUGCUCAAUUUUUUGCUUCCUGAACAAUUCAAUUCGUCGGACAAUUGGUUUGACACAAACAAUUGUCUUGGUGACGAUACGUUGGUGAAACGAUUGCACGCCGUGCUGAAACCGAUUUUGUUGCGUCGUAUCAAAUCGGAGGUGGAAAAGUCGUUGUUGCCCAAGAAGGAACUGAAAAUCUUUGUCGGAUUGUCGAAAAUGCAACGGGAAUGGUAUACGAAGAUUUUGAUGAAGGAACUGCAUGUCAUAAACGGUCAUGGUUCCACAAAAAGCGUCGGUUUGCAUUCAAUUUUAAUGAAUCUGCGUAAAUGUGCCAAUCAUCCGUACUUGUUCGAUGGCGCCGAACCGGGACCUCCGUACACCACCGCCGAACAUUUGGUAUACAAUUGCGGCAAAAUGAUAAUUUUGGAUAAAUUACUACCUCGACUCCAGGCGCAAGGCUCCCGGGCUUUGAUUUUUUCCCAAAUGACCCGAAUGUUGGACAUUCUCGAAGAUUACUGCGACUGGCGAAAAUAUGAGUAUUGUCGUUUGGACGGACAAACUGCUCAUUCGGAUCGCGAUGCCCAGAUUCAAGAGUACAAUGCACCGGAUAGUAAGAAAUUUAUCUUCAUGUUAUCUACUCGUGCCGGUGGUCUGGGUAUUAAUUUGGCUACUGCUGACGUCGUUAUUAUCUACGAUUCCGAUUGGAACCCUCAGAUAGAUUUACAGGCAAUGGACCGGGCACAUCGAAUCGGUCAAAAGAAGCAGGUGCAGGUGUUCCGGUUAAUUACAGAGAAUACGAUUGAAGAGAAGAUUAUCGAACGAGCGGAAAUUAAGUUACGUUUGGACAAAAUGGUCAUACAGCAAGGUGGUCGGUUGACUGACUCUAAAACAAAUACUUUGCAAAAGAAUCACUUGCUGAACAUCAUUCGGUUUGGAGCGGAUGCCAUUUUUGGGGCUAAAGAUGCGGACGCUAUAUUAGAAUGCGACAUUGAAGCAUUACUGAAAAUGGGCGAAGAGAGAACUGCAGAACAGAAACAAGCGUUGGACAAACUGGGUGAAAAUUCGCUGCGAAAUUUUACACUAGACGCACCGUCCUCCGUGUAUCAAUUCGAAGGUGAAAACUACCGUGACAAGCAUCGGCCUAAGAUUGCAGACACUUGGAUAGAACCACCGAAACGGCAACGAAAGGUGGCGAAUUAUGUCAUCGAUUCCAUAUUCAAGUAUGUUGGAAAUACGGAACAAAAGGCACCGAAACCACCGAAACAGCCGAACGUUGCAGAUUAUCAGUUCUAUCCACGACGAUUGUUUGAUAUUUUAGAACAGGAGAUUCGUUGUUACCGUAAUGCAAUGCUGUACACCGUUCCGUUGAAACCAGAGCUAGGAGCAAAUGCAUCGAAGGUACAACGUGAAGAGCAGAAAAAAAUUGAUGAAGUCCAACCGCUGACCGAAGAAGAAUUGGCCGAAAAGGAGCUCUUGCUAUCUCAGGGCUUUUCAAAUUGGUCCAAACGAGACUUUUCGCAGUUUGUCAAAAUGAAUGAACGGUUCGGCCGGGACGACAUAAGAAACAUUUCAAAAAGCAUCGACGGUAAAACGCCUGAAGAAGUCGUUCAGUAUAGUGUCGUGUUCUGGCAACGUUGCAAAGAAAUACAAGACAUAGAUCGGUUUAUGUCGAAAAUUGAACGGGGCGAAGCGAAAAUUCAAAUGAAGGUGUUGCUCAGACGGGCUCUGGACACUAAAAUGGCUUCAUAUCGCGCACCGUUUCAUCAGUUACAAAUUUCGUACGGAAACAGCAAGGGCAAACAUUUCACCGAAGACGACGAUCGAUUUUUGCUGUGUAUGCUGCACCUUUUGGGGUUUGACAAAGAGAAUGUGUACGAUGAGCUGCGAGUGGCUGUUCGAUCGGCACCUCAAUUUCGCUUUAAUUGGUUCCUGAAAGGGCGCACAGCAAUGGAGCUGCAGCGUCGUUGUAGUACAAUAAUAUCGCUGGUCGAACGUGAAUAUCAGGAGCAAGAAGACAAUGAUCGUCGUGACAAAAAGAAAAAAUCAACAAAACCAACAUCGUCCGGCAUUCUGAAAUUGAAAGUGAGAGUAAGCAAGUGAAAUUUAUGGAGGAUUUUUAAUCGUGUUUUUUCUUGAGUGAUUUUGUGUUCAUUCAAUUUGAGGAUUUUUAAGACGCAUAAUGACGUUCCAGUUGGGUUUUAUUGUUUUAAACCAU